AUGAGCACUCAGAUUUCAGAGGUCGAACAGGAACAGCUGAUCGAGAAGCUUGAGAUCUUCAAGAUCCAUGGCAGAGACAAACGCGGCCGUAAGAUCCUUCGUAUCAUCGGCAAAUUCUUCCCAGCUCGGUUUCUGUCACUGGAUGUGUUGAAGAAGUAUCUGGAGGAGAAGAUCUUUCCUCGAUUAGGGAGAAAACCUUUCGCCGUACUUUACGUCCACACCGGCGUACAGAGGAGCGAGAAUUUCCCCGGAAUCUCAGCUCUACGAGCGAUCUACGACGCGAUCCCGGUCAACGUCAGAGACAAUCUCCAGGAGGUUUACUUUCUCCACCCAGGCCUCCAGUCACGUCUCUUCCUCGCCACUUGCGGCCGAUUUCUCUUUUCCGGCGGGUUGUACGGGAAGCUAAGGUACAUAAGCAGAGUUGACUAUUUGUGGGAACACGUGCGGAGGAACGAGAUAGAGAUGCCUGAGUUUGUGUACGAUCACGACGACGAUCUAGAGUACCGUCCGAUGAUGGAUUACGGUCAAGAAAGCGAUCACGCGAGGAUUUUCCCCGGAGCCGCCGUGGAUUCCUCAGUCUCCAGUUUCUCGAUGAGGUGUAUCUCUUAG